AUGAAUUCUUAUAUAUUAUUUGGUUUUAUUAAUGUGUUUGUAACCAAUGGUUUGCAUUCAAUUAGUAUCAAACACUACCCGUCGGUAACUGAGGACAAGUGCGGUAUCAGUCGGCAGUCAUUGUUGAUGAACGGCGUAAACCACUGUUUCAAGUGGUCAUCAAAUAAUAAUGUGACCACAAGUGUCCAAAACGGACGGUUAGCUCAACCGGGAGAGUGGCCUUGGAUUGCAUUCAUUGAUAUAUACAAAACAUUUUGGGGUUUCAAAUAUGACAAUAGAUGGUGUACAGGAGUUAUACUAAAUAACAAUUGGAUUAUAACAGCAGCGCAUUGUUUAUUUAUCGAUAGUACAAUAAGUGUACGACUGGUUCAAGAUUAUAGUCAACAUACUAGUCAUUCAUAUGGUGUGGAUAUGUAUGUAAUUAAUCCCAAUUAUACGGAAUUCAUGAAAACUAGACCCGGUUUAGAACAGGCAUACGAUAUUGCAUUAUUGAAACUGUCGUCAAUAAUAUCGAUGACAACAACACUGCAGUCGACGGUUGGACGAUAUCCGUUAGUUAAUGCUAUUUGUUUGCCCGAUAGAGACAGUGUUAACACCGAUAAAGAGUUGGCAUUGUUUGCCGGUUUCGGUAAUAUUGAUGAAAAUUAUGUCAUAAAUUUGGGUCCAUUGCGUACGGGUUGGCUGCGUAUGAAUGAACCGACUAAUAACGUAUCGGAUCGUUGGACUUAUUUUAUUAAAAGCAAUAGAUAUCCUAUUAUUGAUGGCUUAAAUCUCUGUUCGGUUAGUCUCUGUGACUCGGGUGGACCAUUGAUUCAGUAUGAGUUUGAUAGUCAACGUGCAGUGCUAAUUGGUUUGGGUAUAAGGCAAUGGCCGGCAAACAUAUCCACUGGCUGUCCGCCUAGAGUUGCUGACUCCGGCAGUAUAUUUGUACGCUUAUCUAAACACAUCGAUUGGAUUAUCAAUACUGUAACCGCACACUAA